AUCUACACAGUAGUUCAUUCAUGAUAUGCAGCUCUGAUGUAAAGCACAGAGCUAACUCCCUUUUCGCCCCUGUUCCUGGUUUCUUUCUUUUCUCUUGCAAAGACUACAAACUAGCAAAAAAUGGGACAAAUCCGAUUCAAUUCAAUAUUCUUUGCUCUUGGGAAAGUUUAUUCUUUGAAGUUCUAGCGAGUCUUGAAUCAAGUAUAUUUGAAGAAGACCAAUGCAAUCUAACGAAUACCAUCUGGCCCUGGAGAUUUAUUUUGAGUGCUUCUAGUACUCAAACACUUUUCUUUUGGCUUUGCUUCUCUUGUGCUAUAUCUUCAUUUAGAAUUUUCCUUGUUUUCUCUCUCCUUCCUUAUUUCAAGAUGACUGGUGUCCACCUCAUUUAAAUGUCAACUGUCACACCCGUACAGAUGUCUUUUACCACAGAAAGGUUUCCACUGACCAUCAAAGCUGAAGUCUUCCUCUGCACACCAUGUCUUCAUCCAUGUGCUGUCAGUGUUGAAAUGGAAAAUGAAGCAGAGGAUACAAGUGGAACUACAAGAAACUGCAUUUAAAACUAAGAGCAGGACUUUUGUUGCACAAAACAUUGUGGAAAUCUUGAAUAAAUAAUUAAUUAUUUUGCAUUUCAAUAAAGUUUAAAAUUAUAUUUGGAAAGUAAUUUUAAUUUUAUCCCUUAAUUUUUGCAGAACAAUUUUUCAUCUUUCUUGAAAAGUUGGGUUUACAGAAGCAAAUCAGCAGACACCUGGUUACCUGCAAGAUGUCAUUAAGGAGAUUGAUCUUUCAAUACAGAAGGAAGAAAUUGCUGUUGACUGGGUUCUUUCUUUUAACUACCCUUUGCAUCUUUCACAUUCAAAUAAAAGAGGCAGUGGAGGAGUACAAAAGAUUAGAGCUGAUAAAUGAAGAUUCAGAGACAAAUUUCAAUUGCACAAAAAUUAUUCAAGGUGAUGUUGAAGAAAUUGGGAGGGCAAGGCUUCAGGUGAUCACAGUUGGUUUUAAAAAUAAACCCCGCUUAACCAAUGACCACUUCAUUGAACUGACAAAAAACUGUGAGAACUUCAGAAAAGCUCGGAAGUACAUAACCUUUUCACUCAGCAAGGAAGAAAAAGAAUUCCCCAUUGCUUAUUCUUUGGUUGUUCAUCACAAAAUCGAUACAUUUGAAAGACUCCUAAGAUCCAUUUAUGCACCUCAAAAUGUUUACUGUAUCCAUGUGGACAAAAAAUCUCCAGUAUCCUUCUUAGUUGCAGUUAAAGGUAUAGCAUCUUGCUUUGAUAAUGUUUUUGUUGCCAGUCAAUUAGAAAGUGUCAUCUACGCAAGCUGGGGUAGGGUCCAGGCAGAUAUUAACUGCAUGAAAGACCUGUACAGACACAGUUCAAGCUGGAAGUACUUCAUCAAUCUCUGUGGCAUGGAUUUCCCUAUAAAAACCAACCUGGAAAUCGUUGGAAUGCUGAAAGCCUUGAAUGGAAAGAAUAGCCUAGAAACAGAAAAGAUGCCACCCAACAAGGAAAUGAGAUGGAAGAAACAUUACGAAAUUGUAGAUGGACACAUUAAGAAAACAAAUUAUAAUAAGGAUCCUCCCCCAAUUGAAACCCCUGUGUUUUCAGGUGGGGCCUAUAUUGUGGUCAGUAGAGACUUUGUACAACAUGUACUUGAAGAACAGAAGAUACUCAACUUCAUUGAGUGGACAAAAGAUACUUACAGUCCUGAUGAAUUAUUGUGGGCAACACUUCAAAGAAUUCCUGUUGUUCCAGGAUCUAUUCCAGUAGGCUCAAAGUAUGAUGUAACAGAUAUGAAUGCCAUAGCUAGGUUUGUAAAAUGGAGUUAUUUUGAAGGUGUUCUCUCUAAAGGAGCCCUGUAUCCUCCAUGUACUGGCACACACGUUCGGUCAAUUUGUGUUUAUGGAGCAGGGGAUUUGAAUUGGAUUCUACAGCAGCACCACUUAUUUGCCAACAAAUUUGACAUAGAUGUGGAUCCAUUUGCAAUUCAGUGUUUGGAAGAGCAUUUAAGGCACAAGUCACUUACCGCAGCAGCCAUACAGAUUUUUGGAAAAUUUAAGAUGUGGUAGAAAACAGUUAAUUUUGUUUUGCUCAUGACCAUUAUGGAUACGUACAUAGAGCUUAUCCAGGAUACAAUGGUUGUAUGACACAAUCAUUAAUGAUUUUCAGAAAAUCUCUUUAUUCACUUAUGUACAUUCAGUUGAGGCAAAAGAAGCAGAUUGCUGAUAUUUUGCCCUAUCAGGGUCCUUAUAAGAUAACAGCUGAUAACAGCAUUUGUUUUAUAAAAUCAAACUUGUUUUAUAAACCUGUCCCUGUCAGGUAUGCUAUGAAACAUCAAUGAUUAAAUGCAUGAUUAAAUAAAUUAAAUACUUUGCAGUACAGCCAAAUAUAGAGUAUUAUUAGACAUACACAAGCUACAUGUUAUACACAUUGUGUUCAAAUAUAUGAUACACUGAGGGAUUUUGCUCAAAAUAUAAUGCAUAUGCAUUGCUCACUUUUCUGUGUUAGAGAAAAACCUUUACAGAGCCCAUUAAACGAAAAUUGUGCACUGUGUAUUUGAAAGAUUUUUUGUACAUUUAAUACAAUUGUUUCAAUCUGAAUAAUUAAAAGUGUGUACUAAGUUUUGUCAGCUUUGUAUCUGUUGUUAUAAAAAAAUGUUUGGUCUUUUUUGUUGGUAAUAUUAUGUGUCCUUGUUUUAUUAGACUGUCCUGUAAAACAUUUCCCCCAGGGGACAGUAAAGCUUGAAUUUAAUUCUAAACAAUUAUAUUUAUUAUAUAUAAAUUGCAAUUAUAUAUAAAGCAGAUCUGAAUAUCUGGGUUUGAUGGAUGUGGUCUGAAGACAAGAAUACAGACUUUUUCAGUCAGUACUGAUAUAUGUAACUAGUUUAAAGCUGGGUUCCCAACUUUCAUUUAUGCUUGUCCAUUUGAAGUAAUGAUAAGGGGAAAUUGCAGUUUUAUUUUUCUGUACAUUUAUAAUGGUAAUCUUUUAUGUUUUCCCUACUUGUUACAAAAGUGCUCAUCAUGAAUAAUGUAAAAGAUGUAAUAUAUUAUUAUGAAUUAGAAUUAAAAAUGUUUCCUUUUAUUUAAGGGGUUUGUUGAAAUCUGUUGUUUCCCUGUGCUCAGAAUGUAAGACACUGUGUUGUAAUCAAGCAGACAAAGCAGAAUGUUAUUCAUAUUUAGUCAUAUCAUUAACAACAUUACAUAGAAUACAUACUAUACCAUGCAUUUGAACAGUAUACACUGCAACCACAAAUAAAAUGCUUUUUUAUUUGGAAAUUGUCUAGCAUGUCAAGGAGAGCAUGAGAGAAAGAGGUAUUGAGAUUUACAUUCAUAAUUUGCAAUGCUUGUGCUGAACACAGUUACUUUCUUUACAAUUUAUGGACCUUUGAGACUCAAAGUAACUGAUUCAAUGAGGCUGCUCCUCUGCUAUAAACUCCCUGUUACUUUUAUUGCUGCUACACAUUACCCUACUGUCAAAAAACAUUAGUCUGACGUUGUUUUACCCAUGCCUGUUCUGUCAGCUUCUUUCAAAUUAAUAUUUUUCAUCAUUUUUAAUGUAUUCAAAAACUGCAGUGAAAAUAUCUGACAUGCUAUAGCAACGUGAUG